UUGUGGGCGGGAUGACUAUCCACCAAGUAAUGUACGCAUCUUUCCAGAACAAGAUCAUACAAGAGAAACAAACUACGCAACGCAAAAUAAAAAAUUUCUACUUUGUCCUCGGAUCGAAACAAGUUGCACCAGAUAUAUUGUUUUCUGACAGCCAGAUUACUAGUGACCAUCUCGAAGGAAUCUUACCUGCCGAGUCAUUGACGUACUGCAUAAUUUUACUUCACUUCGGACACAAUCAAGGGCAAUUUCAUCAAGCAGUUCAAUCUUUUUCACUAAUCCAAAAUGUUCCACCCGGCAGUGACACGGUAGGCUAUCUCCCAACCCCCAUAAACGACGAAAAGAUGAACCUUAUAAACGAGUUCAUUCAAGAUGUCCUAAUUGUUGGUCCUCCUUGUCCGGAUUCUGAGUGUGGAUAUUUCUAUUCCCUUCUCAGAGCUAAAGAACAGGUAUUGGGGGAAGGUGAAAUGCGAAUUCCUUUAUCUGAUGUUCCUAGACGGAAUGAUGGAACCAAACCUUACCUUAGUCUUUCGAGGUGCAGUCCUACGAGUUUUCCUAUGCAACAAUUAGCCUUUGAAAUUGAGAAAGCAACACCGAAAGCGAAAAACGACUGUAAACAACCAAAUACUAAACUCCCAUUCCAACUACUUGGUGUUUCACUACAGGCGACAGCUCAAAAGUUAAUUGUCAACGCCAAAGUAUUCUUUGACAGUAACCAGGUACAGUGUGAAAUACUAACAGGAAACUCUGUCACCAAAACUAGCCAGAUUCUAGGAAUUGGAGAGAGAACAGUUUAUCACACAAUGGAGAAUUACAAAACGAAUAGUAUAAAAACACCUGGUAAGAAACGUAUUAGACCAACGCCAGUGAUGGAUCAGUUUGACGACUUCCGAACUGAGCACGUUAAACGAAUCAUUCAUCAAUUCUAUGCUAAUAAUCAAGCACCAACAAUGCAUAACGUAUACACAAAACUGAUGGAGGAAGUCAAGGAAGAAGAAGAUGGUCGGAUAGCCCGAGGAGAAACUCUUACAGCGUUCAAAUGUUCCAAGUGGACGUUAAGAAAACUCAUUAAGCAAUUAGGAUUUAGAUUCAAAACUGUUGAUAAGCGAGCAGUUAUCCUCAUGAGAUCAGACAUCGUGCAGAAGCGAUAUGAAUAUCUGUCCGUAAUGAUUAAAAAUCGUCAGUCCGAGAACCCAAAAUGUGUUGUCUACACAGAUGAAACGUGGGUCGAUAGUUAUGCUAGAACUGGAAAAGGCUGGGUUAUUAAUUCACCAAAGUCAUUUCAUGAAGCGGCUUUAUACUCCUUCCAAAACCCGAAAAUUUCUAGAGGACCACGUAUCAUUGUGAUGCAUGCAGGUGGAGAGGAUGGAUUCGUACCUGGCGCUAUGAAGGUAUAUCCAGUAUCAAAGAAGAAAGUCCAGAUGGAUUACCACGCAAACGUUAACGGUGUCGCUUACAUGGCUUGGUGGAAGGAUCUUAAUCAAAAGAUAAAAGAUAAUUAUGGUCCAUGCAUAAUUGUUAUUGAUAACGCUCCGUAUCACAGCACCAAGGAAGCCCCAAAAUCUACAUCCCGAAAACAAGAGCUAUACGACUGGCUGAAUGAUAAUUUAGAGGGCCCUGAAAAGCUGAAACUAAAACCUGUAAAGCAAAUGAGACGACCUGAAUUAUGGAAAAUGGUUCAAGACCUUAAAAACGGAAAUGAAUAUUACAUUGUGGAUAAGGAGGCAUUGAAAUAUGGAAACACUGUUGUCCGAUUACCCACAUAUAACUGCGACUUGAACCCAAUUGAGUACGUGUGGAAAGACAUCAAGCACGCAGUUAGGGCUGCAAACACACAGGGGACCGCUGAGUUUGCACAAGCUGAGGCUGAGAGAAUUAUGACAACAUACACAAAGGAACAAUGGCAGAAACACAUCAAACAUGUGCACCGGUUCGUAAAACCAAGAUUCGCUAUUAUGGGAAUAAUUCGCAAUUUCUACAUUAUUAUUGUAAAUAGAUUGGAGGACGAGUAUUGGAAAAAUGAUGGACAUUUUGAUGACUUCCUUGAUGACUUCCAAACACGUGUAGCUUCAGCCAACCCCAUUCGAAUUACAGCAGCAGAUGAUGUGUCUGACGACGAAGAUGAGGACCCUGACGAUGUUGACGAAGUAGUUGAUAGAUUCCGAAUGCAAAUACACAAUGAUAUUGAAUACUCACAGGCUGGGGAAGAAGAAGACUUGCCUGAAGAAGAAUGUGCAACUUCUAGGAGAUUAACCUUCCCACCAGAAUCAACCUAGAUUUUAACUUCAAUGGAUUCAAUACAUAAUAAAUAUUAUAAAUAGUGAAUCCGAUUUGUACAUAGUGUUAAGAAUUAUUAUUCAUUAAAUUUGUACGAAAUUUUCAAAAAUAUGCCUACCCCUCUCUACUUAACAUUCUUGCAAAACUGAAAACUUUAAAAUAAUGUCCCGUUUAGUAAAAUACAAUAAGUUAUUAUUUGACCCUUCAGGGGCCCUUAACUCUUGACCUAUACGUCACAAAAACCAAAAAAUAUUUUUCUGAUUC